AGUAAAAUGUUUUAGAGUUGAAUUUAACUCACUAAGUGUUGUUUUAACACUUAGAGAUUUAAAUGGUGCUCAAUGUUCAAGUUAUUUCCAGGAGUUGAUAGGGCCCGUGUUGAAUCUACUCUGCUGGGAGAAAAAUAAGCUCCGCCCCCUUCUUCACUGUCUUCGUUUGAGUGCAGUCUGAACACGGCUCCAUUUUCUCCGUCUCCUGCUCGACUACACGUCAUUGAAAGAUUUUGCCUGCCACCUGAUGCCAAAGUUGCAUACAAGGAUGGAACAGAUGCUGAAGUUGAUGAAGAAAUAUUCAGUGACCUCAUUAAACAAGGCAAUGUUGUGUUGAAGGUCUACUGCCAAGAUGAGUUCUCUGAAAGGUCUGCUUCUGAGUCUGACUCAAGCUUCAGCUCAGAUGCAUCAACAUCAACAAUACUAAUGGAUGAGAUCCCAUGGAAGAUGCAAAAAAUUGAGAAUGCUAAUAAUGCAUUGUCUGCCAAAAUGCGGGUUGAAGGUGUCCUUCAAAGCAAGUCUGGUGGUGAAGAAGUUCUGCAGGAGUAUAAAGCAACAGAAACCCUAAGUGAUGCCACAAGAAGGCAGAUGGUAAACAUACAGGUGGCUCACAUGACUGAUGAACAUGGGCACCUUCCUCCUAAAGCGAUCAGAGAGCAGUAUGCCCUCGGAAUAGUGACGCUCUUCCCUUCCCUCAAAGAUCCAUACACCAAAAAAGGCUAUGAGCACUUUUAUGAUGCAGCAAGCAGCACAGGAUACAUUUCAUGGCGUCUCAAAACAAUUCAAAGGAAGGCUAGAAGAGGAUCUCCUGUGGCACCAAGUAGCUCCAAAGAGAUUUUAAGUGGAGGCCCAAAUAGUCAGAGAAAUGUGAUCGUCGAAAGACAGCUAAAUGGUGAUGCCUGCCAGGAAGCCAUGUCGUUGCUUAACCACACCACAGACAGGUCCCUGAUCUUUCAGAAGAUGAGAGAGACUUUUGAACACCGUCAGAAACUUAUUAGAGAUGCCAGUGGAAGAACAGACAUUCUGACAAUGUUUCCCAGAUUUCUGGACACAAAAGGAUUAAUUGAUCAAGACUUCAGUCUUCUAUUUAAUGAAGAAACCUCCUCCAGACUGCUGCAGAAGUGGGAUGUGUUCUUCAAGCAAAAUGUCAUCAAAGAGGCCAAGCGUCUCACUUCAACACCUGAGUUGAGAAGUUUGGUGCAGUCAGCGGAAGUCCCUGGAGAUGACCAGGAUGCGGCAUCUACCUAUGACCAAGAAAUGGCCUCCUUGUUACUGCUCCUACAUCUCCUUCCACCACCACCUGGAGGACAGAAGUCUCCAAAAAUCAGUGCAUGGGAUGCAAUUGAGAGACUCGUUGUCUUUCACAAGUCAUGCUGCAGUUUAGAGGAACAUCUCCGGGGUCAACGGAGAUGCCAUACCUCCUUGCUGUUGGGCGUCUGA